ACAACUUUGUAUCCCGGUGGUGGCGCUGUCGAGCGUGCGCUUUCGUGUGUUUUGUGCAUGUGUCUGCUUGAUAUUGUAUCUUUCUAAAAAAAGUUUUUUUGUGUAAAUUUCUCAAGAAAUAAGCUUGAUACAACUAAUUUUAUAAUGAGGGAAGCACAUACAGCAAGGCGUGGUCGUCAAGGAGGCCGUGGUCGUCCGUACAACAGAGGUUCACAACAGUGGCGUGGAUUUGUUCCCCAUAUACCCUUUGACCUUAUACACUGUGAAAAUGCUUUUCAGAGGGUGAAGCCAGCACCAGAUGAAACCUCACUAACAGAGGCUCUACUUAAGAAGAACCAAGAGCUAACCCCAUCAGCAGCAGAGCAGGCAGCCUGUCUCAGCCUGGUCACCAAGGUCAACACAGUUCUGGAUAAUUUAACAAUGGCACCACCACCUAACUUUGAAGUUGUAAGAGUACAGUUUGACUAUUAUGUUAAUAUUGACGACUUCUUUUUUUUUGUAGUUGAGACCCAUUACUAUUUUUCAAAAAUAUUUUACAUACCGCAAAAAAUGAUGCAAGCAUCAUUAGCAGCUAUAAGGCAUGCAAGAUGGUCCGAGGAAAAUGCAAGCCAUUCCAGCAUCAAAGUGCUAAUACGGAUUUUGAAGUACUUAAGGACCAGGUUUGUAGGUUUGGAGCCACUCAACCCCUGGAUAAUUGAUCUUCUUGCACACGGUGCUAUUAUGCAAAAUCCCACUCGUCAACCAUUGGCAAUAAAUGUUGCUUUUCGAAGGUGUUUGGCUUUACUCUCAGCUGGGCUUUUCUUGCCUAGAUCAGUUGGCAUUGUAGAUCCCUGCGAAGGAGGACAUGUCAGAGUUCACACAUCAUUAACCCUUGAACAACAGGACCAAGUAGCCUACACUGCACAAACUCUUCUCAGGGUACUCAGUCAUGGUGGCUACAAGAAAAUCCUUGGAUUUGAGGGUGAUUCAUCAAUCGCUACAGAGAUGUCUGUUUGGGAAGGUGUAGUUGUGACCCCCAGUGAGAAGGCAUAUGAGCCACCCCCGCCACAGGAGGAAAAACCAGAGGGAGGGGAUGUCACUGAAGGUGAAGCGGACGAAAUGGAAACACAAGAUGUAGUGUCAUAGUGAACGUACUCAACGCUUCUCAAAUGUUCUUUUUUAAUGUAUUUGUGUAGCUGUAAGUCUGCCCUUGGUAAUAUUUUUACUUUAAUGCUAAGAAAGAUAAAUUGUAUGUGGAGGAAUUGGUAAGCCACAAACACCCAAUGAUGGAAGUAUAGUUGUUCUCAUGUAAUAGUUAAGAACCACGAGUGGAUUUAAGGGGGUAAAAAAUAAUGGGUUGAGGUUCCAUAGCAUUAAAAUGUCUUGCCUCCAUCCCAACCAUUGUGGGCUUGAGGUGGUCUUAACCUUCGGUCUGUAAAAAUCUCUCCUUGAGACACUUUAUUUUGAAUUACUACCCCUGUAGAUCCACCACUGGAGUGGCUAAAUAAAAGCAGUAAUGGUAUUUGAAAAAAAAAAAUACAAGUGUUUAUGAGAAAUAAUGUCAUGAAACUUGACCGACAUUCAAUCUCAUUUUAAGCGUAGCGUAAGCGUGACUUAAUUCAGUCUCUUCCGUGUAUGAAAUGUCAAUUGCUUUCUCCUGUAACUGAGCUCGAGCUGGACUGUGUACUGCACAAUCUGUCCAUCACAUUAAAUGCUCUUAAAUGGUAUCAGGUCAUUUCACCCCUUUACCAUUCACUCUGGUAUGUGUUUUCGUCAUGGGAUAAUUCACCCUGUGAUACUGUAUAUCAAUGUAUCUUUAUUUUUUAAAAAACAUCAAACACUACAACAGUAAAAAACAGAACUGUGAACAAAAUGUUUACAGUACAAAAGGUCUAGGCAUGUUAAAAAGUAAUUAUUAAAAAUAUUAUUCCAUGUAGUAUAGCAGUAGAAGACACACGAUUCAAUAUUUUUUCUAUUCAUUAGUAGGAAAUUAAACCAGACAGCUAAUCAAAUCAAAUUAAAUUGAAGAUGCAUUGGAUGUGCUUACCUAAAGUUUCUAUGUUUGUUUUUCUACCUGAAUUUAUAGAAUUAAGACCAAUUGAACCAGUUGUUUUUGUUAAAAUACUGUAUAGUGUUCUGUAUGCAGCAUGUGAGCCCCAUUACUGUCUUUGUCUUAUAUUUUUACAGACGUUUUGAAAUUGCGCUAUUGCUGUGGUUUUUUUUUAUUUUAUUAUUAACAGUGUUUUAAAUUGCAUUUUGCUGACACUAUUAUGAAUGACCAACCUGUUUGCUGUAAUCUGAAUAUGCAGUAAAGUGAAUUUUUGUAAAAAAAUACAAAGAAAAUAAAUACUGUUUUAAGUGAACUCUGGUAUAAGCACACCCAAUAUCAAGCAAAUGCUUCAUUUGACCAUUUUGGAUUCCACCCUCCCCUUUCUCACAAAAACGGUUCCACCCUCUCCCUCCCCACAAAAAAAAUCAUUAUGUAUCUUGUUUUUUUACAGUUUUAAUUCUUAUUUACUAUAAAAAAUAAUGUUUUUACCAUUAUGACAUUGUUAAAUAGGUAUUCCUAAUUAUUUUAUUUGUAUUUUAAUUAAACUUGUUUAAAUAUUAAAGCUAGGCCUAGAAUUUGGUAAUUAGUUGUGUAGAAUCUCAAUUCUUAUCAAAUGAUCAUCGGUGUGUACAAGAACGUACAUUUUAAUUUGUUCCAAGUGGUUAAGAAGCUAUUGUAAAAACAAGCUUGUGUUUUAAUGAAUUAGUAAAGGAAAGAAAAUGUGUGUCUGUAUAUUUUUAGUGUUUACAAUAGUUUGUUGAAACAUCACAAAUUACAUGUUUUGUGAUUUUGGUAUUAAAGUCAUCAUUUAAAUAAAGCACUUAAUAAA